UUGAAUCAUCUGUGAUGAGCAUUUUUCUCUUGUCUCUUGCAGGAGUGGCUGGAGACCCUGGCCUCCCAGGACCAAAAGGAACAAAAGGAGAUCCUGGGUUUCCAGAAACUUUGGCCAGGAACUGCCAAGAGCUGCUGGAUAAAGGGAAGAUCCUGAGUGGAUGGUACACUAUCUACCCCCAAGGCUGCAAUGCCACCACUGUCUUCUGUGAUAUGGACACAGAUGGUGGAGGAUGGAUUGUUUUCCAGAGAUGCUCGGAUGGAUCAGUGAAUUUUUUGCGAGAUUGGUAUUCAUACAAGCAAGGAUUUGGCAACCAGCUAACAGAGUUCUGACUAGGGAAUGACAACAUCCACUUCCUCACCUCUCUGGGAAAUUGUGAACUCUGUAUUGACCUGAGAGACUUUGAGAACAACUACUACUUUGCCAAGUACGCUUCUUUCAGAGUUUUAGGAGAGUCUGAAAAAUACAAACUAGUUCUAGGAGACUUCCUUGGUGGAAAUGCUGGAGACUCCUUAUCAUACCACAAGGACAUGCCAUUUUCAGCAACAGACCAGGACAACGACAUGAGCUCCUUUAAUUGUGCCACAGCCUAUAAGGGAGCAUGGUGGUACAAUGACUGCCACUACUCUAACCUGAAUGGGAUGUACUGGCUAGGCAUUCAUGGGAGCUAUGCUGAUGGUAUAAACUGGAAGACCGUCAAAGAAUACCACUACUCCCAUAAGCAAACAGAAAUGAAAUUCAGGCCACUGUAACAGGGCAAGAGGAUGUCUGACUGGUACCAACACAUGCCACUCAACAGCCAACAGAAGCCAGAAAACAUAAUGUUAUUUGAGGGCAAAAUUGAACAAAGAAUGAUAUUGUAAAUUGUGGCUCGAACCCAUGGCAGCUUUUAGAAAGCAGAAGCCCUAAAGAUGGUGACUAAGCUUGAGCAUCUUUUUUUCUGAAAAAUCAUUGCC